AUGUCGUCGCAGCACUCUUCUUCAGACCAUGAAAAAUGGCCCGAAAACCAAAAUGGCGAUACUGACUCCAUCGUUGAAACAAUUUCAUCGGUAGACACACAGACAGAUCACGAUGCGCUAGAUAAAACAUUAACAGCACAUGCAUCGCUAGCUUCCGGGCACAUGUCAUUGGCGGAGCGUGUAACCACCAUUCCUACUAAUGUGACAUCUGAUCCCAAUUUCGAAGUCGACUGGGAUGGAGAUGAUGAUCCUACCAACCCUAAAAAUUGGUCUUUGGCGUACAAGGCCAUGGCCUUGUUGUUUUUAUCUUGGAACACUCUUGUUGUUGUGCUAUACUCUACAUCUUAUACCUCGGCAACAACUCAGAUUGGUGAUGAAUUUGGCCAAUCAGAUAUCAUUGUCACUUUAGGUCUUACGUUCUAUUUAAUUGGACUGGCUAUUGGCUCGAUGUUCAUGGCUCCAUUGAGUGAAGUCUACGGCCGGAAACCUGUUUGUGUGAUUUGUAUGACAAUAUUCACGGUCUUAAUCAUUCCCUGCGCUCUCGCUCAAUCUGUGACGGCUCUGAUUGUCGUUCGUUUUAUUGGAGCGCUUUUUGGAAGCGUUAUGAUUUCCACUGCACCGGGUAUGGUGGCUGAUCUGACAGACGAUGAUAACCGCGCAUUGGCUAUCUCAGUUUGGAGUAUUGGACCCCUCAAUGGACCAGUAUUGGGCCCUGUCAUUGGAGGAUUCGUCACACAGUAUCUUGGCUGGCGUUGGAUGUGUUGGAUUGCUCUCAUUCUCUCCGGUGUUUCAUUGGUCUUUGCUUUCAUUUUAAAAGAGACCUACGGCCCUUCCAUUCUACAACAGAAAGCAGCACGUCUGCGCAAGGAGACGGGUGAUUCACGCUGGUGGUCGCGCUACGAUAGCCAGGAACCUAUAUUUGAGAUUCUCAAGCUGAACCUCAGUCGGCCCUUCGUAAUGGCCGUCACUGAGCCUAUCUGCAUAUUCUGGGAUAUCUACGUCGCCAUCGUGUACGGCAUCCUCUACCUUUGUUUCGUCGCCUACCCUAUCGUCUUCGAAGACAUUCGCGGUUGGUCUCUCGGCCUAUCAGGCCUAUCUUUCCUAGGUAUCGGUCUAGGCGUCCUCAUAACCAUUGCAUGCGAGCCGCUCGCUCGCCGCCUCAUCAACAGCCACAAAAUUGAUCCGGAAACAGGCAAAGUCUUCCCCGAGGCAAUGGUAUCGUUUAUUUGCAUUUGCUCACUCCUUAUACCAAUCGGUGAGCUUUGGUUCGCCUGGACAUGCGCCCCCGCCUCAAUUCACUGGAUUGUCCCCAUACUGGCUGGUGUACCCUUCGGCGCUGGAAACACAGGCGUCUUCAUCUACGCCCAGAAUUACCUGACAGGUAGCUAUGGUGUGUAUGCUGCAUCUGCACUUGCGGGUAACUCUGUUAUUCGAAGUAUUCUUGGUGGUGUCUUGCCCAUCGCGGGCACGUAUAUGUAUAAUAGCCUUGGACCGAAUUGGUCGGGCACACUGCUCGGUCUGCUUGAGGUGGCUAUUGUGCCGAUUCCAUUUGUGUUUUAUAAAUAUGGACACAAAAUUAGGGAGAAGAGUACCAUUAUUACGCGCAUGCAGGAGGAAAAGAAGAAGUUAGAAGGGAAGAGGGCAGGAAGGACGGCUCAAUUGGCUGAUAUUCGAGAGAAGCCAGAAGAAUCUGUCUAA